AUGACCGUCCCCAACAUUGGGGACAUCUUGGUGCUGUCGCAGAAGGCUUGGAAGAUUGGACGCACCUUUUCUGCUUGCCAAAAGAAUGCGCCAGUGGAGCUUCAAUAUGUUGAGACGGAAAUCGGCAGCCUCGCAAAAUCAUUGGCAUCAUUGGCAGAGACGCUGCACGCGGAGUCCGUGCGGCAGUUGUUACAGGACGCUGACCAGGAAAUAAAAUAUGGCGUUGGUACCAUCCUAAGGUCUUGUCAACGGACAGUAGAUGAUCUUGACUCGCUGAUCGACCAAUACCAAGUCAUCAAGAAGCACCGCACAGUUGGAGGGUUCGCAAUUGAGCGCUCGUGGAGCGAUCUGGUAUUAGCCUCAUACAGGACGAUGAUCUGGACUCCCGAGGGCGGAAACCUCGCAGAUCUGAAAGAGAUGUUACAGACACAUACGAACUCUAUCGAUGACAAGUCUAUGGCUCUUUUCGACAUCGACCAAGAAAACAUCACCUCUACCAAGGACACCGGAAAAAGUCGCGGUUCGCUCGUCGAAUACUCGCACCGGAUAAACCAAGACGACCCAAGAGACGUCGAAAUGAUUCAGGCUUCCGAGGAGUGCAGGAUCGCCGUAGUACGCAAACGCGUAACCGACUCGGAGACGAAGGCAGUGCGCGUCGUGACAUCCGUAUGGGCGUUUAGCGACGACAACACCACCCGCGUGGAGCUACGUAUGGAAGACGACCAGAUGUACAUACCGUACUCCAGCUACUUCAACCCCGCCAAAGCCUCCAUCACAGUUCUAUGCGAGCUCAUAUUUCACGACGUCAAGCACGGCAAUCGGCCAGUGCGUGUAGAAAAGACUAGCUGGGUCAACUACGUCUUUGACUCACCACAAGCGGCCGCACUCUUCCAAAACGAACUGAUGGGCCGCACUCUGCUCGCGACAUUCCGCACAGAGAAAACAAUGCGCAUCCACGAAGGCCUCUCAAAAUCCUUCUCCUACGCCGAGCAAAUGUGCGGCCUGGAGAACCUCCGCGUAUGGGAAGAUAACGACACAGGCGCCAUCAUCGCCCUAAUCCAUUUCUCCGCCGACUUCCGAAACGGCUACUUAGCCUUCUACCUCAACUCCUCCGUCAACCCUAUCAAAGUGAAAGACGGUGGGGACAAGGAGGUGAAGAUCAAAGGGCUGAGAGUACCAAUUGAUCGGGGUGAUCGCGCGAUGAGGAAGGACAGUUUUGCGGAAGGUGCCACUGCUUCUGUUGCAGGGAAAGGUAAGGAGAAAGUGGGGGCUGGGAAGAGUGUGGACAAGGGGAAGGUUAUCAGCGGGGCGAAGAUUGAGUUUGCGACGGAGAUGGAGAAGAGGGAGUUUUUGGAGAUGUGUAGCGAGAUGCAGAGGGAGUUGAUUGAGUUGCCGGAUUUGUUGGGGGUUAAUUGA